ACAGGCGCGCGCUACGGUAAACGAGCGAGAGCGAGCGGCGGCGGACGCACGGCGCGUCCACUUACUCAAUGCUAUUUUACAUGACAUUAUUCAACUUUUCAUUCAUAUCGCUGAAUUACUGAUUUUCCCGUGCGCUCUGAUUGACAAGCUUGCUUUAUUGGUUAAGUGCAUCUUUGCUUCUUGCGGUGCAUUUUUGUUUGGGUUUUUUUUUUUUUUUUUUUUGGAUGGAAGCUGUGAUGUGCAGGUGAUGCGAGAUCCUGUUGAAUUGAGACACGGCGAGACGCAGCCCCAAAGUGGCAAGAUCAUGUUGGAUGCAAAUAAACUCGACUCUUGAGGAUGACAUGUUCUCUUGCUACGUGCGUCGUGUGGGUUUUGGAUGCCCAGAGCAGGCGGGGAUUUUUGGGCAAACCUGGGAUUUACAUCCUCACCUAGCUCCGGCUUACUGUGUUGGAGGUGGAAGCUAAGCAAAUAUUCUCCGGUCUUUUCUCAUCUGUCGCUGGCGUCAAAAUAAUUCCGUGAUUCAUUCGUAGCCAGUGGAGGGGCAGAGGACAGAACAGCACCCCACCACCAUCUCUACCUCCACCUCCAACUCCACCACACACCCUCUUCCCUCAACCCAAAGAUUGCAACCACGGAUCACUAACAGAACUCAAAGUCGCUUCUUCCUACAAGUAAAACACCUCAGGUGGCGGUGAAAGGCGAAGACAUCAUUUACUCUUUUAAUAAUCUUAUGGAGGACUCUAAGGACCCCCUGUGGUUUUGGACACCGAUGCAACGCUAUAAACAAAGGGUUCCUUAACCUUUACGCACCUGGACUCGAUGAUAUUAUCGGACCUAUAUUAAAAGCUUAUGGACUCAGUUUACUGAUUUCAUUGAAUGUUGCAUGACCAUAAAAUGAUAUUGUAAUCACCGUGCAUGUUGUGAGGAUUUUUUUUUUUUUUUGCCUCAGUGGACUUACAUUUUCCAAAAGCCUCAUUGUGGCAUUCCAAGUGCAUUUAUGGACAUUGCUGCACCCAGUUGAAGUCUUGACAAAAAACUGUAUUUAACUAUACGGUUAAAAACUACGCACCAAAAUGGAGUUUGCUAUGGUCGGAGCAGAUAGUAGCGGGUGCAACCCUCACGUGCCGUAUGGAUAUGCCCAAGCUCGAGCCAGGGAGAGAGAGCGCGAAAGAGAAAGACAGUCACGCGCGGCGGCAGUAGCAGCUGCGGCGUCCGAGGCCGGGACUGCUGGAGAUGGAGGAAGCAGUGGCGGUGGUGUAGGUAGUUCGUGCACCCACCCUUACGGUCAGCCAUAUCAGACUCGCACCGCCUCCUCUACUAAUGCCAACCAUGGAAGCGGAGGGACUGCCUCGCGCUCCUCCUCCUCCACUCAGCAGGCGCAACAGCAGCACGAGCCACAGCAGCAACUUCUGAGAGAGCGCAAAAAGCAGAGAGGAGUCGCGCGCUGGAGGCGGCACCGCGCGGCUCUCGGAGGGGACCUGCGCCACUCUGAGUUGGCGCUUCUCGGAUCCGAGGAGGACGUUAUGAUAGAAGAGGACGAAGAGGCCGAGGGCGACGAAGAAGACGAAGACGGGGGGAGCAGAGCAUCGAGUUUUGUCUAUAACAUGGACGACGAAGAGACAGCGUCUCUCACGGACAGACGUCCACAGUCCGGAUACGAGAACGUUUACAGUGAGUACGGCUGCUGCGAGAGAGUGGUGAUAAACGUGUCCGGUCUGAAGUUUGAAACUCAGCUCAAGACUCUUGCCCAGUUUCCCGACACACUCUUAGGGGACCCCGCAAAACGGAUCAGGUACUUCGACCCGCUGCGCAACGAGUACUUUUUUGACAGGAAUCGACCUAGUUUCGACGCCAUUCUGUAUUUCUAUCAGUCAGGAGGACGAUUAAAGAGACCGGCCAAUGUACCGUUUGACAUCUUUUCCGAGGAAGUCAAAUUCUACGAACUUGGCGAUGAAGCCAUGAUGAAGUUCCGCGAGGACGAGGGCUUCGUAAAAGAGGCAGAAAAACCGUUACCAGAGGAUGAAUUUAAGCGGCAGAUUUGGCUCUUGUUUGAGUAUCCCGAGAGCUCAAGUCCUGCUAGAGGCAUCGCCGUUGUGUCUGUUUUGGUUAUCGUCAUAUCAAUAGUUAUAUUUUGUUUGGAAACGUUACCAGAAUUCAGGGACGACAAAGAUUUCCUUAGCCCAGGUAAAAACGUGACGCAUACAGACAACGGAUUUACACCCUUCAACGACCCGUUUUUCAUUGUGGAGACCGUAUGCAUUAUCUGGUUCUCAUUUGAGAUCAUUGUGCGCUUUUUUGCCAGUCCGAGCAAAGCCUCUUUCUUCAAAAACAUAAUGAACACUAUAGACAUUGUCUCCAUUAUGCCUUAUUUCAUAACUCUGGGCACGGACCUCGCACAGCAGCAAGGCAACGGGCAGCAGGCCAUGAGUUUUGCCAUCCUGAGAAUAAUCAGACUGGUCAGGGUUUUCCGCAUCUUCAAGCUCUCCCGACACUCCAAAGGACUCCAAAUUCUCGGGCACACCUUGCGCGCGAGCAUGCGCGAGUUGGCGUUGCUCAUUUUCUUCCUCGUUAUUGGGGUGGUGCUCUUCUCUAGCGCCGUGUACUUCGCUGAGGCGGAUGAGCCCAAGUCACAGUUCACGAGCAUCCCGGACGCUUUCUGGUGGGCCGUAGUUACUAUGACGACUGUAGGCUAUGGUGACAUGAAACCCAUAACAGUUGGAGGGAAGAUAGUGGGCUCGCUGUGUGCCAUCGCCGGCGUCCUCACCAUCGCUCUCCCGGUGCCCGUAAUCGUCUCCAACUUUAAUUACUUCUACCACCGGGAGACUGAUAAUGAGGACCAGUCUCCUGCCGUUGAAUACCCGCCCCCGGGAUGUCCGUAUUUUCCGGAUUUCCUGAAAAAGUUCAAAGGAUCUCCGUCUGGAUCUUCACUUGGCGACAAAGCUGCCGAGUACAUGGAAAUGGAAGAAGGCGUCACGGAGUCACUUUGCGGCAUAGACAAACAGAGCCCAAGUAGAGGGAACGGCACGGACAUUAGCAGGAGAAACAGCACACAUUCAAGAAGCAUACAGACAGAUGUAUGAUUAAAAUGAUCAAAUUGAUGACUUUCUAUGGAGGGUUUGGUGAAGAUGAUUGCACAAUUCACUUAUCAGCACACAUGCACGCCCAAGUGCGCAAGUUGCGAGCUUGGACGCACACCCCCAAAAAAACGCGCGUAUAAACAGACAUGCACAAAAAAGCACGCACGCACACGUUUAAUUUCCUAUGGACCUUGGCUAAAACAUUCUUUGCAAUGUGGCUACUUUUCUAGAGAAACAUACCCUGUAAUCGAAUAACAGGCAACGCAAAAAUCACCAGCUUUACGUAACAUGGGGAGGUGUGAGUUCAGGCCCAUCUACACUGUAGACAGAAUUUCCCGGUUUAGCAGAACGGAACAAAGAAGUAUUUUGCAUAGGCACUUUAUAAGUUACAUUUGUCAGAAGACGUCAAUGUUAGAACAAGAAGAUAGCUGUUAACGUAAGGUUGUUAUGCAAUAAAGUUUAAAUCAUUUGCACUAUCAUUAAAUAUGUUCUAUUCUAAAAUCAAUUUAAUCCAGAGAUUACAAGACACACGUGUUUGAGAGAGAGAGAGAGAGAGAGAGAGAGAGAGAGAGAGAGAGAGAGAGA